UCAACAAAAAACAAAAUAACCUUGAAUUUAUGUUAUAUUUGAUUGGUCAACAAAGAGUUUUUACAUUCCUUGAUAACGAUUCGUAUUUUAGUAUGUUCUGACUACUGUCAGUAGCUCAGAUAUUGUGGUGAAUCAUUGUAGCAAUCAGGUUAUCAUCAAUCAUCACAACAUUGCAUUGUUCUGCAUCGUAAGAAAAUGAGCUAUAACUAUUGUUGACAUAAAUAUUAGAUUGCCGUUUAUUAAAAACUGUUUAAUAAAAUUACUAAAGGUCAAUAAUGCUUGCUAUUAUCUUCUUCACACUAGUCUUCUACCUUUGCUCCAAUGCUCAAGUGAUAGAGCAUCAACCUGAAGCUGUUCAUCUAGCAUUUGGAGAAAGCACUCAUGAUAUUGUGGUAACUUGGAGCACAGUAGACGACCCUGGAGAAUCGAUAGUGGAAUACGGAAUCAGAGGUUUGAUUUUAAAAGCCAAAGGAACUCGAACGAAAUUUAUUGAUGGUGGAAAUGAGAAGAGACAUCAAUACAUUCAUCGAGUGUAUUUAAAAGAUCUUACUCCAGGUCAAAAGUAUGUUUAUCAUUGUGGAAGUAGGCAUGGGUGGUCUAAUCUCUUCUACGUGACUAUUCCUCCGGAGUCAGAGACCUGGAAGCCUCAAAUCGUUAUUUUCGGUGAUAUGGGCAACGAGAAUGCUCAAAGUUUGGCUAGACUUCAGGAAGAGGCGCAGAAAGGGCUCUAUGAUGCUGCUAUCCAUGUUGGAGAUUUUGCUUAUGAUAUGAAUACUGAUAAUGCACGAGUGGGAGAUCAAUUCAUGCGGCAGAUUGAAUCCAUUGCUGCUUAUUUACCCUACAUGACAGUUCCAGGAAAUCAUGAAGAAAAAUAUAAUUUCAGUAAUUACAGAGCAAGAUUUUCUAUGCCAGGAAACUCAGAGGGAUUAUGGUACAGCUUUAAUAUGGGACCUGUUCACUUCAUAGCUAUUGAAACUGAAGCUUAUUACUUCAUGAAUUAUGGCAUGAAACAAUUGAUCAAGCAAUACGAUUGGCUCGAAGCUGAUUUAGAGGAAGCUAAUAAGCCUGAGAAUAGAGCUAAAAGACCUUGGAUUGUUACGUACGGACACCGACCAAUGUAUUGUAGUAAUAAAAACGCCGACGACUGCACAAAUCAUGAAUCGUUAGUAAGAGUUGGUCUGCCCUUCUUUAACUGGUUCGGGUUAGAGGACUUAUUUUACAAGUUCAAAGUAGAUGUGGAGAUAUGGGCCCAUGAGCACAGUUAUGAGCGAAUGUGGCCAAUGUAUGAUUUCAAGGUCUAUAAUGGUAGUUAUGAAAAGCCUUAUGAAAAUUAUAGAGCACCUAUACACAUAGUAACUGGAUCAGCUGGUUGCAAAGAAGGUAGAGAACAGUUUAUACCAGAUCGACCAAGUUGGUCGGCUUACCGAAACUCUGAUUAUGGCUACACUCGUAUGAAAGUCUUCAAUAAGACCCAUUUAUACAUAGAACAAGUCUCUGAUGACAAGAAAGGCGCAAUUUUGGAUGAGAUUUGGUUGAUAAAAGAUGAUAUUUGGCCGAAGUAUGCUGAAAUUUAAGAGAAACAAAUAAGCAAUCAAAUAAAUUAUUUCAAGAAUUAAUUAAGUAAUCGAAAAAACAAUUAUGAAUAAUUAGUGGGCUUCGAAGAGUAAAGAAUUCGAUUAUUUAAUUAACUUCUUUUAAUGGAUCUUCACAUAUCUUUCAAUGGAUUUGAUGUCGAUAAAAACCCAGUGAUAAUAAUAAUUAUAUAAUUGCAUAAUAAUAAGCAUG